UUCUUUCUUUCUUUCUCUCUCUCUCUCUCUCUCACUCUCUCUCCAGCAUUUCUCUCUCACCUUGGGAGAGGAGAGAAGUCUUCCAAACCUACAAAAGAGAGGAAAGAAAGAGAGAAAGAAAAAAAGUUUGUAGCUAGCCAAGCGAAGCCAAGCCAGGCCAAAGGAUGAUCGGGAAAAGCGGGGAAGGAGCUGCACACAGCGAGGCUGCUGCUGAGGGGGCGAGAAGCGGCGCCGAGCCGAGCCGGGGGCUGAAGAAGGGGCCGUGGACGGCUGCGGAGGACUCCAUCCUGGUAGAGUACGUGAAGACGUAUGGGGAAGGGAACUGGAACGCGGUGCAGAAGAAUUGCGGGUUGAUGAGGUGUGGGAAGAGCUGUAGGUUGAGAUGGGCUAAUCAUUUGAGGCCUAAUCUCAAGAAAGGCACGUUUUCUCCCGAGGAGGAGAGGAUCAUCAUAGAGCUUCACGCUAAGCUCGGCAACAAAUGGGCUCGUAUGGCCUCUCAGUUACCUGGUCGAACUGACAAUGAAAUAAAGAACUACUGGAAUACUAGAAUGAAAAGACGCCAGAGAGCCGGCUUGCCUCUUUACCCUCACGAAGUCCAGCAAGAAGCUGCAGCUUUUCAUCUCCUUCUCCAACAACAGCAGCAGCAACAACAACAGCACCACCACCACCACCAAAAGCCGCCUAAUUCUUCCACUCCAGCUUCAUUCUCAGCUCUGCUCUCCUCGUCUCAGCCUCGUAAACUGAACCACAAUCCCUCGCUUUCCCUCUUCGAGCCAAUGAGUUUCUCUUCGGCUGCAAACCCUUUUCAGAAUUCUGGAUUUUACUCCAACCCCAGCAACCAAUUCAAGUUUUUCAGUGAAAACAACAACAACAGCAAUGCUGCCGGAUAUACUCUGCCUCUAUCGCCUGUUUCUCCUUUUGGGUCAUCGCCGUCGACUCUGUUUAAUCAGAACCUUGCAGCCCAAUCCCUCUCAGCUCCUCUGCUUGAAUUCAACUCUGAUAGUUUUGGUAGCAGUUACAAUGUCAGUAAUGCCAUGGUUGUGGGGCCUCCAUGCGAGCCAUUUGGUGUAGUCCAUGGACUGGAAACAGAGCUUCCUUCAAACCAAACGCCACCAUACUCAACAACUCAUGCUUCCUCCACUACCAGCGGUGAUGAGAAUCUGAUAGGGGCUUCAAGCAGUGCUAAUGACUAUGAAAUCGAGCCGCCAUUGACACACAGCAACAGUGGAUUGCUGGAUGCUCUCCUGGUGGAGUCUCAAACUCUGUCCGACAAGUCCAAGGGAAAAGAACUGUCGGCCGAUAAAGGGAAAAGCGUAGUGGUGGAUGCAUCUACGGAGGAGGAAGACGCAAUGCCUGUGGAUUCGGUUUUGAAGACUAGUGGUGAGACUAGCGCUGAGAACCACUGGGAUGAUUUGAGCUCUUCUCAGUCAUCAAUUGGGAUGAAACCAACUGAGGAUCCACUAGAAGAAAUGAAUUCCAUGGAUGAUGAUUUGUUGAGCCUACUCGACAACUUCCCAUCAGCUAUGCCAGCCCCCGAUUGGUACCGCGGAGGUCAUGAGAUAUCUAAUGGGCAAUCGCUGAGUGCGGCAAGCAACAAUGCGAGACUUAAUGCUCAACAGAAUGCCUCACCUGACCCGGUUGCAACCGCUUCUACCCCGGAGCUUGAAUGGGGCCUAAGCUCUUGUUACUGGAAAAACAUGCCCGGAAUAUGCUAAAGAGCUUCCUGCAUACAUAUAAUGUGUUGCUGUUUAAUAGUCUAGGGUUAGUGUGCUAGUGUUAUAUGGUUUGAAGAGUAGAAAUAGUUUCCAUAUAUAUAUAUAUAUAUGGGUUUAGGUUAGACAGUAAAGUCUCCACAUGUGGUUGAAAAACUAGAGUGCCAAUGGUGUUGUAUGUGAGUUUAGCUUUAAAUUAGGCGUUAUAUGAACCUUUUCUCCGGUUGUAGUUCAAUAUUUAUUUGGGAGUGGCUUGUGCGUGUAGCUAAA